UCUUCUACUGCACUGCACUAAAGUUCAUAGUCUCUAUAAUCAAAAGCCAAUUAGCCGACAAUGGCCGAAGCUAGCAGCGCCGUCCAGCAGCCAAGCCAAGCCGCCUUUCCACUGCAAGACCGGGUAGCCAUCGUCACCGGCUCGUCCCGGGGAAUAGGCAGCGCCAUUGCUCUCCAUUUGGCGUCACUCGGCGCCAAGGUAGUAGUCAAUUACACCUCCAACUCAGCGCAAGCCGACGCAGUCGUCUCCCAAAUAAAUUCCAACCACGGCUCAAAUCCACCACGAGCCAUAGCCGUCAAAGCCGACGUCUCUGACCCGGCUCAGGUAACCUCCCUCUUCGACGCGGCUGAGUCGGCGUUCAACUCGCCGGUCCACAUCCUGGUCAACUCCGCCGGCGUGGCCGAUCCCAAGUACCCCAGGAUCGUCGACACCCCCGUGGAGGACUUCGAUAGGAUCUUCAACAUCAACACGCGCGGCGCGUUCGUUUGCUGCAAGGAAGCGGCGAGCAGGAUCACGCGCGGCGGCGGAGGGAGGAUCAUCUGCCUCUCGACCUCGACGGUUGGGGCGUUGUUGCCCGGGUACGCUACGUACACGGCGUCGAAGGCGGCGGUGGAGGUGAUGGUGAAGAUAUUGGCGAAAGAACUGAAGGGGACGAAGAUCACGGCCAACGUCGUGGCGCCUGGGCCGGUGGCGACGGAGUUGUUCUUCGAGGGGAAGACGGAGGAGAUGAUAAAAAGGCUUAUGGAUCUAACGCCGUUAGGGAGACUGGGGCAGACGGAUGACAUAACUCCGGUGGUUGCGUUAUUGGCGGGUGAUAGUGGUGAGUGGAUCAACGGACAGGUUAUUCGGGUUAACGGUGGCUUUGUGUGAUUUUUUGUUUUUACAUUUUAUUUUUUAGAUUAUAUUUUCUGGUCAAUUAUUGACUCUCGAAAAUAUGAAGUGAAGACUUUAGGUCAUUUGGUUGAUCACUUGUGCUGUGACGUAUUUUUUUCUCUUUUUUUUUUGUUGGAUAACUAAAUAAAUGUAUUAGCCAAAAAAUAUUUAUUAGUCAAAUGAUUAGACUUUUUAUAAGGCGUUCUUGUUCAAA